CUACCACUCCCACAAUCCCCUGCGCGCUCCUACAGUAUGGAAUCUUCGUGAAUCGUAAACACAUCGCAUCAAGAAAGUUAUUGAACUGAGAUAAUAAAAUGGCAGCAGAUUCCAGUGACAGAAAGGAGGCAGAGUCCUCCGUGGCCAAAGACCGGGAGAGGAAACGCAGUCGGUCCAGAGAGCGGGACAGAGACCGUAAGGGGUCACCGUCACGAAAGCGGCAUCGUUCUCGUGAGCGUAACAGGUCCAAAUCUGCAGAGAGAGAUCGCCGAGCAAAAGACAAAGACAGAGACAAGGAUCGUGACAGAGAAAAGGACAGAGACAGAAGUCGUAAAGACAGAGAUAGCCAUCGGCGAGACAAAGAUCGCAAAAAGUCCAGAAGUCUAUCUCCCAGAUCUAAAGAUGCCAAAAUUAAGAAGGAAAAAGACAUAAAGACUGAGGAGGAAGAAGAAGAUACAAAGAAGAAAGAGAAAGUCCAACCACUCUCCUUAGAGGAGCUUCUGGCAAAGAAAAAAGCAGAAGAGGAAGCCGAGGCGAAGCCCAAGUUCUUGUCCAAGGCUGAGCGAGAGGCUGAGGCAAUAAAACGUCGUGAGCAACAGAUGGAAGAAAGAAAAAGAAUGAUUGAUGAAGAAAGAAAGAAGAGAAGGGUUUUUCAGGAUAUGGGGCGUAAAAUGCUGGAAGAUCCUCAGGAGAGGGAGAGACGAGAAAGAAGAGAGCGCAUGGAGCGAGAGAACAAUGGGAAUGAGGAGGAUGAUGGACGACAGAAGCUCAGAGAAGAAAAAGACAAAGGCAAAGAAUUAGUGGCCAUUAAGGAGCGCUACCUUGGUGGGAUGAAAAAGCGCAGAAGAACUCGACACUUAAAUGACAGGAAGUUUGUGUUUGAAUGGGAUGCUUCCGAAGACACAUCGGUAGACUACAACCCAAUAUACAAAGAAAAACACCAAGUUCAGCUGUAUGGACGAGGAUUCAUCGCCGGCAUCGACUUAAAGCAGCAGAAGAGAGAGCAGUCUCGUUUCUAUGGCGAUCUGAUGGAAAAGAGACGUACAACAGAGGAGAAGGAGCAAGAGGAGACAAGGUUGAAGAAGAUGCGUAAGAAGGAGGCCAAGCAACGCUGGGACGACAGGCAUUGGUCUCAGAAGAAACUGGAUGAAAUGACGGACAGAGACUGGAGAAUCUUCCGAGAGGAUUACAGCAUCACCACCAAAGGAGGCAAGAUCCCCAACCCCAUCCGCACAUGGAAGGAGUAUGCCCUGCCCGCUCACAUCCUGGAGGUCAUCGACAAAUGUGGAUACAAGGAUCCAACACCUAUUCAGAGGCAGGCCAUUCCCAUUGGACUCCAGAACAGAGACAUCAUCGGUGUGGCUGAGACUGGCAGUGGUAAAACUGCUGCUUUCCUCAUUCCACUACUCGUCUGGAUCACAACUCUGCCCAAAAUCGACAGGAUUGAGGACUCUGAUCAGGGCCCUUAUGCUGUUAUUUUGGCCCCCACUCGUGAGUUGGCUCAGCAGAUUGAAGAAGAGACCAUCAAGUUUGGAAAACCUCUGGGGAUCCGAACAGUGGCUGUUAUCGGAGGUAUCUCCAGAGAAGACCAGGGCUUCAGGCUCAGGAUGGGCUGUGAGAUUGUGAUUGCAACUCCUGGUCGUCUCAUUGAUGUUUUGGAGAACCGUUACCUGGUCCUGAGCAGGUGCACAUAUGUGGUCUUGGACGAGGCCGACAGAAUGAUUGACAUGGGCUUUGAACCUGAUGUCCAGAAGAUCUUAGAGUACAUCCCAGUGACCAAUCAGAAACCAGACACAGAUGAAGCCGAGGAUCCGGAAAAGAUGAUGGCCAACUUUGAGUCUGGGAAACACAAAUACAGACAAACUGUCAUGUUCACAGCCACCAUGCCUCCAGCUGUGGAGAGAUUGGCACGAAGUUACCUGCGACGCCCCGCUGUGGUGUACAUCGGGUCUGCCGGCAAACCCCAUGAGAGAGUUGAACAGAAGGUUCUGCUUAUGGGAGAAGGAGAGAAAAGGAAGAAGUUGUUGGAAGUUUUGUCUCACGGUUUCGAGCCUCCGAUCAUUAUUUUUGUCAACCAGAAGAAAGGUUGCGAUGUGUUGGCUAAAUCUCUGGAGAAGAUGGGGUACAAUGCGUGUACGCUGCAUGGUGGAAAGGGCCAGGAGCAGAGAGAGUUUGCUCUGUCCAACCUCAAAGCCGGAGCCAAAGACAUCCUGGUGGCCACAGAUGUUGCUGGUCGUGGUAUUGACAUCCAGGAUGUGUCAAUGGUCCUCAACUACGACAUGGCCAAGAACAUAGAAGAUUACAUCCAUCGUAUCGGUCGUACGGGUCGUGCUGGUAAGAGCGGUGUUGCCAUGACCUUCCUCACUAAAGAAGAUUCUGCAGUUUUCUACGACCUCAAACAGGCCAUUUUGGAGAGUCCAGUUUCUACCUGCCCCCCCGAGCUCGCCAACCACCCCGAUGCUCAGCACAAACCUGGCACCAUCCUCACCAAGAAGAGGAGAGAGGAGACUAUAUUUGCGUAAUUCCCCUGUUGUUUUUCUUUUUUUUUUGUAAUAAAGUGGAUAAAUUAUCCCACUUGCGUUGUGCUCAGGGCUUUAUUUUAAAGGUUCUCUAUGUAACUUUGUGGAUAUAGGGUCUGAUAACUGGUUGUCUGUGUAAUUUUUGUAUUUUUGUAUUGCUUGGAAUCUUGCAGUCGGGUAUUAAGCAUAUAUAGUUAACAUUUAUUCAGUUCAUGUAUUUUUAUUGGUCAAAAUAUUCCUUGAAAAACAUGGAUUGCCUCCACAGAUUUGACCUGUAACUUGGCCUGGUGGCAUCACCAGGACUUAGUCAUUUAUUCAAUUAAAGGUGUCUUUAUUGUGAAAAAAAGUCCUUGCCCUAAAAGCAUGCAUUUUUACUCUGAGUUUGGUAGUAAGCUGGUAACUGUAUUGUGGCCUUUUUUGUCUGUUUAGAUAGGUAUGUUUAAUGCUAUACUGUGGCACAUUCCAGGCAAAGCAAUUACCUCUCCAUGGAGACAAGCAGAUAGUGGACUCUCCACCAGAAAAGUUACAUAGUGCACCUUUAAAUAAUAUGACCCACAGUGGCCAGUCGAAGCCCUUUUAUUGUAAAUGACUUGAAAUUGCAAAACAUUGACAAACUAGCAGCAGAUUACACUUUAAGUGUGUAGGCUUCUCAUUUUUAAGUGUACAAUAAACUGUAAACGUAAUACGAUUUAAACCUUUGUACAUUGUCAUUGUUCAAAAUGUGAAGUUUGUUGAAAGUAGAAAUGAUUUUCAGUCUUUUCUCAGAUUGAGACCAAUACACAAUGAUGCAUCUUUUGUACUAUUUGGAGCUCAGUGGUCCCAUUCACCCCUCAGGUUUCAGAAGUAAAAUGCCCAUAAAUUUUACCCACGGAAUGAAUUAUCAGCUAUAUGGAAAGUAUACUUCUCAGUUAAUUAAUGUAAACUUCAAAUCUCAACCAUUUAAAACAUUUAGCUGAAUUGUAUAUUUUAAGAACGUUUGUUUUAAUAAAAUAAUCAGGUCUCAAUACAGGAAUCUUUCAAAAAGUCUAUGGGGAAAAUGAAUGGAAACUCUAUUAACAGUACUAUACCAGGCUUAAAGUGGACGGGACUGAAGCUCAAAAAAGAAUACUUGACUGUUUCAUAUUUACACUUUAUUGGCUAAAUAGUUAAAGUGAAAGUGUUUUGCUGGUGAAUAAUAAACACAAAAGACCCAACCAUUAAAAGUACAUAAAAUGUUA